AUGAAGCAUUUGUUAUUGUUUCAAAUAAACGUGUUACUUUUGCUUGUACUUGCCUCCGUACAAGUUAAUGGGACAAAACAACAGGCAUAUAGUUUGAAUGAUGUUAAGGGUCAUUUACAAAGUUUAUCAGAUAAUUUGAAGAAAGACGAAUCAGAUCUUUACAAAUCUGAGGAGGAACUAAAGAAACAAAUAGGUGUGGUUGUCCAGAAGUUCUCAAUUCCUUUAGAUACAGUUACUGAAUUUGUCAAAUGCUUGAACUCUUUAACGAAAAAUCAGUCAGGUUAUGAAUUUUCAAUAAAAGAGUUUAAGGACGUCAUAUCCGACAUCGGUUCAUACGGUAUAACAGUCCAGAAAUCUUCCACUCUACGAAAGUGCGUCGACGGAGAGAUUCCCAAAUUUUCCGAUGAUGAUGAUGAUGAUGAUGAUGAUGAUGAUGAUGAUGAUGAUGAUGAUGAUGAUGAUGAUGAUGAUGAUGAUGAUGAUGAUGAUGAUGAUGAUGAUGAUGAUGAUGAUGAUGAUGAUGAUGAUGAUGAUGAUGAUGAUGAUGAUGAUGAUGAUGAUGAUGAUGAUGAUGAUGAUGAUGAUGAUGAUGAUGAUGAUGAUGAUGAUGAUGAUGAUGAUGAUGAUGAUGAUGAUGAUGAUGAUGAUGAUGAUGAUGAUGAUGAUGAUGAUGAUGAUGAUGAUGAUGAUGAUGAUGAUGAUGAUGAUGAUGAUGAUGAUGAUGAUGAUGAUGAUGAUGAUGAUGAUGAUGAUGAUGAUGAUGAUGAUGAUGAUGAUGAUGAUGAUGAUGAUGAUGAUGAUGAUGAUGAUGAUGAUGAUGAUGAUGAUGAUGAUGAUGAUGAUGAUGAUGAUGAUGAUGAUGAUGAUGAUGAUGAUGAUGAUGAUGAUGAUGAUGAUGAUGAUGAUGAUGAUGAUGAUGAUGAUGAUGAUGAUGAUGAUGAUGAUGAUGAUGAUGAUGAUGAUGAUGAUGAUGAUGAUGAUGAUGAUGAUGAUGAUGAUGAUGAUGAUGAUGAUGAUGAUGAUGAUGAUGAUGAUGAUGAUGAUGAUGAUGAUGAUGAUGAUGAUGAUGAUGAUGAUGAUGAUGAUGAUGAUGAUGAUGAUGAUGAUGAUGAUGAUGAUGAUGAUGAUGAUGAUGAUGAUGAUGAUGAUGAUGAUGAUGAUGAUGAUGAUGAUGAUGAUGAUGAUGAUGAUGAUGAUGAUGAUGAUGAUGAUGAUGAUGAUGAUGAUGAUGAUGAUGAUGAUGAUGAUGAUGAUGAUGAUGAUGAUGAUGAUGAUGAUGAUGAUGAUGAUGAUGAUGAUGAUGAUGAUGAUGAUGAUGAUGAUGAUGAUGAUGAUGAUGAUGAUGAUGAUGAUGAUGAUGAUGAUGAUGAUGAUGAUGAUGAUGAUGAUGAUGAUGAUGAUGAUGAUGAUGAUGAUGAUGAUGAUGAUGAUGAUGAUGAUGAUGAUGAUGAUGAUGAUGAUGAUGAUGAUGAUGAUGAUGAUGAUGAUGAUGAUGAUGAUGAUGAUGAUGAUGAUGAUGAUGAUGAUGAUGAUGAUGAUGAUGAUGAUGAUGAUGAUGAUGAUGAUGAUGAUGAUGAUGAUGAUGAUGAUGAUGAUGAUGAUGAUGAUGAUGAUGAUGAUGAUGAUGAUGAUGAUGAUGAUGAUGAUGAUGAUGAUGAUGAUGAUGAUGAUGAUGAUGAUGAUGAUGAUGAUGAUGAUAGUGGUGGUGGUGGUGGUGACAGUCAAUGA